UCCAAGUGGCUAGCUGCUGCGUUUUAUUUAAUCGGGGGUCGGAAUGCAUCGGCGAGCUCACUAACACUGUCACUCCGAGUGGUACUGGUACAGCAGUGGGUAGCUAUGGCCGACGCGAGCAAGCGCAUCGACCUCGCCGCGCCGCUGCUAUCCGUGCGGCGCCACGCCGGGAGGCGGCCUGGCGAACGCGACGAUGAUGCCACGCUCGGAGGCGUGCCGUUCGGGUGGGAGCGGUGGCCGGGCUGCCCCAAGAGCGUCCGCACGAUCAUCCGACGCGCGCCGCCGCUCCUUCCCGAGCCGGAGGAGGCCGCGCGGUCCUCGGACGCGCUCUCCCGGGCCGACAGCUGCUACACCGUGAACUGCAGCGUCGCCGGCCUCAGCGACGCCGCCGGCGCGACGGUCACGGUUUCCCCGGGUGUUCGCGGCGGCAGCGUCAUGAUGGACCGCUUCUUGCUGGCAGCCAAGGAGCAGUGCGCCUUCCGUAAGGAAAAGGCCGGCGCAGCCAACACGCGCGCCCGAGACGGCGAUGGCGACGGCGACAGCUUGCCGAGGCGGGCCCCCGUGGAACACCCGCCGGCCAACUACGCGCAGGCGCAGCCUACUGACACGAGCGAACCCGGUGGUGGCGAGGACGAGGGGGACGCGCACAGCACGGCAGGUUUCACGUCCAGGAGGAAAUGCGGGCUGCUCCCGACGAGGUGCGCCCAGAUCCUCAACCCGGCGCAUGCCGUCAGCAGGCACGGCCGCGGCGCGCGGCGCUUCCUGUCUGAUCUCGGCAGAUCAUGCCAGCGCGAGACGAACCCGCUCCUGCCGCAGCGCCGCCCUGAACACGAUGCCGGCAUGGUAAGAAGUCUUUGCGUGUCGCAGCGUACCUGGGAGGAGGUGCACGUAAGCUCACUAGCGCGCCUAGUGCGAUCGGAUCGCGCGUGCAGCCUCAGACAAGUCGCCACCGUGGCAUCGGAGCUGGACAUGACAGUGCGCGGACUUUACAAUGGCCAAGCAGGAGGUGUUGUCCAUCCCAAAGACACCCAUCUCGGUCUGCUCCUGGUCCUCGACAGAGCCGACGGCAGUGCCGCAUCGUCGCCACUGCCGCCUCUGAAACGCGGCCGGCUACCCAGCGGCGGGAAGACAUCCAUCGGCCACUGCUUGCCGCCGCCUUUGGAGGAGAAGGCCGGGGAGAACCGUGAAGCCACCACCGUGCGGGCUCGGGCGCAGCCGCCGGCGCUGCUCGCAUUGCCGUCGCCGAAGAUGCCGACAGAGUCCUGGCUCUCGCGGACAUUGCCGUCCGUGUCGAACAAGCCUCCGACAACGUCCUUCCUGGGGAUCCAUGUGCAGCAGCUCAGGACGAAGCAGCAGGCUCCGUCUCCUUGCCGGUCCAGUCACCAGGCCAAGUUCGUCGAUCAUGGCGCCAGGCCACGGCGGGUACGGAUACAUGAUCUGCAAAAGUGAUGGCCCUGCUUUCCUAGUUUCUACACGAAGCCGUGUUCUUUUUUUUUUUCUUUUUUUUUUUUGAGCAACCGGCAGGAGCACUGCCUUUUCAUUAAGCAAGAGGGAACAACACGGUCCAAACUGUACAAAGAGAGGGCAUUUUUAGAUUAAGGUGGUAAAGUGCCCAGAACCCACCAUGAAGGACGAGCUACCAAAAAAGAGAACUAAUCCGGAUCGGCCGGGAUGGCCGGGCCGAAGCCAUUUAUAGCACGAUCCCUUUGGAGGAUAUCCUCGUUUGCUAUGCUUGCGACCUCAAGGUAGGUAAGACGUUGUCCAGUGAAAAUGCGCCGGUUUCGUUCCUUCCAACGUUCC